AUGAGCGAUAGCGAUUCGAGCGACACCCCGCCACCUAGGCGCAAUGCAAGUGCCCGUGCACAGCAAUGGAUGACCAAAGGUGCCCUAGUCCGUGACGAUUCCGACGAUGAACUUGGUGUUGAAGACCAUCCGUGGGACUGGAUUUACGACAAGCUCGAAGCGAUUCAGGAAGAAGGCGCCGAUGACACACCCAAAAAGAGUGGCCGGAGGCGAUCCUCGCGGCCCGCUCGUCAGCAGCGUAAGAUCAUCGCCGCCAGGAUGGGACAAUUCGAAUGCAAGCUUGGCGACGUGAUUCUCUUGAAGUCUCCCGAGGCAGGCAAGGAAUGGGUUGGCAUUAUAUCGGAAUUUGUGGAAGAGCAAGAUGAGGACGACGAGGAUGAAGUGAUCAAAUCAGCCAACAUCAUGUGGUUCGCAUCGCCCGAUGAAUUCAUAGGCACACGCAAUAAACGCCGAACCGAUGCUUUGCCCAACGAGCAAUAUAUCACUAUGGAUUUCAAUAGUAAUCCAUUGGCUUCGAUAUCAGGGAAAGGCAUAGUCAUGUCUCCCAGUGCCUUCCAAAAAAAAUACCCCAACGGUCCUCCGAAAAGCAAGACUGAGCGAGCGGAAUAUAACAAGUGCAUUGUGUGUCGGCGGGGCGUGAACCAGCUUCAAGGACGCUAUACUGAAGAGUUUGUAUGGGAGGAGCUAUAUGACAAAAACAACAUCCACGAGCUCAUUUCCUGGGUGCGAGAAAACUUGAAGACUUCUCGAAAACGCAGAGCCGCAGACGACGAAUUUGUCGAUACGAAGGAGAAAGAUACUGAUGUGCCGACCACACCAAGAAAGAGGCAACGAAUGACCGCCACGGGCGCUACACCCAAAUCGCAACGCAAGAAGCCUAUGACAACCCCGACUCACAAACGGAUCGUGGUGAAAAAGCCACUCGAAUUCACACCCUUGGGCACUCGCGUCCUCUCACCUACCCACUUCGAUUCUCCCUACCGCCAAGCUCGCAACCUGCUACAUGUUUCCACUGUUCCUGACGCGCUCCCAUGUCGCAAAAACGAGUUCAACACGGUUUACAACCACCUCAGUGCCGCCAUCAUGGAAGGUACCGGAGCCUGUAUCUACAUCUCUGGUACUCCUGGCACUGGAAAGACCGCCACGGUGCGCGAGGUGGUAGCACAGUUGAACGCUGCAGUGCACGAAGAAGAGAUGGACGACUUCGUCUUCGUCGAAAUCAACGGCAUGAAAGUCACAGACCCACAUCAAUCGUAUUCUCUGUUAUGGGAAGCCUUAAAAGGCGAUCGAGUAUCACCUUCUCAUGCACUAGAUCUGCUUGAGCGGGAAUUUUCGCAUCCCUCCCCUCGUCGUGUCUCCUGUGUUGUGCUCAUGGAUGAACUGGACCAGCUCGUCACCAAAAACCAGUCGGUUAUGUACAAUUUCUUCAACUGGCCUGCCCUCCGCCACUCCCGUCUCAUUGUCUUGGCCGUUGCAAAUACCAUGGAUCUGCCAGAGAGAACCCUGAGCAACAAGAUCUCCAGUCGUUUGGGUCUCACCCGUAUCACGUUCCCGGGUUACCGCCACACAGACCUGAUGGAAAUCAUCAGUACCCGUCUAGCCAAUGUCCCGGGCAACAUCGUUGAUCCAGACGCCGUCCAAUUCGCCAGUCGAAAAGUUGCCGCUGUGAGUGGUGACGCUCGACGAGCCUUGGAUAUCUGCCGCCGAGCUGUUGAGAUUGCUGAGCAGGCAGCAGAAGAGGCCGGCACUUUAGAAGACAUCACGAACAAUGAGACAGACUCGGUGCCUCCUACGCCCAGCAAAACACCCGCGCGCCGCAACAAGACAGGCACAGACAAGCCGACUGGUGAGUCGGCCAUUGCCAAAGCUCCGGCAACUAAAGGUCAACCGGGACGUGUCACAAUUGCCACGAUCAAGCAAGCCAUCCAUGAAGCGACUUCCACCCCGCUUCAGCAAUCCCUUCGCUGUCUUCCGCUAUCAGCAAAACUGUUCCUCGCUGCUCUCCUUGCACGAGCUCAACGAACAGGAAUUUCGGAAUCCACGUUCGGUGAUGUCCUCGACGAGGCCCGCCGCAUCGGUGCUGCUGCUGUUGCCGUGGCUGGAGCAGCUGGCGCUGGGGUAAAAGACUUCCUGCUCGGCGGCGGCCCUAACGCGCGAGUGCGUUCCAUGGGCCAUGCCGCUAUGUUGCUCAUGAACUCAGGUGUCUUAGCCUUAGAACAAGGUACCGGGUCCAAGAGCGUGCUCGGUGGCACGACGAUUCCCACUCGCGGUGACCGCAGUAGCAAAGUUCGGCUCAGAGUCGCCGCGGAAGACGUCAGAUCUGCGUUCCGUGAGGAUCUCGAAGCGAAAGGCUUCGGGCUGGGCAUUGAGCAGUGA